CUAUAAAUAGGAGGGAUGAAGCCAGCAGAGAUCAGAUUCACUCUACAGAGACCUCUACAGCUCAGAGAUCCAGCCAUGGCACCUACAAUCACUGUAGCAAUGACCAACUCUCAGGAGCAUCUGACUCUGACCCACAAGCUCAGAAAGCCUCUGGUGGAGAAGUUACGCAGAGAGCGAAUCAACAGCAGCAUUGAGCAGCUCAAGUCUCUCCUGGGUCCAGAGUUCCUCAAACAGCAGCCAGACUCCAAGCUGGAGAAAGCAGACAUCCUGGAGAUGACCGUUUGUGUCCUGAGACGACUGCAGCAGCAGCAGCAUCAAGCUGUGGACUCAGCAGCUGUUGAUCAGGGCUACUCCAGGUGUGUCCGAGAGGUGGAACACUUCCUGUCCAAGGAACAGGUGAAGACACAGUCCCAGAGAAGACUUCUGACCGACUUCAACAAGCUGCAGUCUUCCUCUGAUAAGAACCUGAGAGAGGCUGACUUCUCUCUUCUGAGCUCCACAGUCCAGACCAGCAUCACCACAGAGAAGAGUGCAGCCAACAGCGCCCCCUGGAGGCCGUGGUAGACACCCAAGGACUUGUAUAAAAGUGAAGCUUAGAGUGAAACUCUAAUGUUGAACAAGCAAUUGUACUUGUACUCUUGGACGUUUUAACAUUGUCCUCAUUGUUGUGGUAGUCUUACGCUGAAGAGUUAUUGCAUAUGUUACUGCAAUUUUUCACUUUUAUUACCUUUUGUAAAGGUCAGAUUCUGUGUUUCUGUGAUAUUUGCAGGCAGCAGGUUGGCUACUCUUUUGUGUUUCAAAUGUAGUCACUUAUUUCUGAUUCAGGUGUUACUCUGUGAAGUAAACAUUAUUGUUCCCAAUGGGAAUGCCUAUAUAUUGUCAGUAACACUGACAAUGAUGUAUGUGCUUUUUCUCCAUUUAGGAGACACAGUUAAUCAUGUUGAACAUGUUUCAGAUUUAUAUGUGACAUUCACACACGCUAUUGAUUAAAAUGUCCUUUCUGACAUAUUUUUAAAUAUAUCAAUUGUCUGCAUUUUUAGCAGAUUCGUUUUGUGUAUGAAAAAGUUCAUCAAGACAAAUGUGCUGCUUUACAACUCUGUGAGUCACAGCACUCAUACCUUCAAUGAAGGGCUUGUUGUUUGUAAAAUGUCUCAACGUGAAUGUAUCUCUUCAAGCCAAGUGAUGCGCAUUAAAACAAUCACAAAAACAAGACAAAAAAAA